CAUCUGCGUCGGUUUUUGGCUCCUCCUCACAUGCAGUCAAUGGGAUGUGUUCUAACAACUCAACUAGUAACUCAGAUGACAGUGUUUCAGUAUUUGAAGAGCGUUAAUAGAGUACAGGCUAGCAGCUACAAACGAGACGGCCAAGCCGCCGUUAGCUAUAAAAUUUGAACCGUGACGCCGUAGGAAAUAUUUUCGGAGAGAGGCGAGACUCGUCGUACACUACCUUCGAAAGAUGUCGCAGGUCGCAGGGCUCUACGACAUGGAGGAGACGCUGGGCCAGGGCCACUUUGCCGUGGUGAAGAGCGCCCGCCACGUCUUCACUGGUCUCCGGGUCGCCAUCAAAGUCAUCGACAAACUGAAACUCGACGAAGUCUCGAAGACUCACCUCUACCAGGAGGUCCGCUGCAUGAAACUGGUGACUCACCCGAGCAUCAUCCGUCUCUACGAAGUCAUAGACACGCAGAACAAACUCUACCUCAUCCAAGAGUUGGGCGACGGAGGCGACCUGUACGACUACAUAAUGAAGAAUCCCAACGGAAUAGACGAAGACGUCUCGCGGAGCAUCUUCCGCCAGACGGUGUCCGCCAUUCGCUACUGCCACCGCCUGCACGUCGUCCACAGAGACCUCAAGCCGGAGAACCUAGUGUUUUGCACGGGAGGCGGCCGAGAGCUGCCUCGAGUGAAGUUGACUGACUUCGGUCUCUCCCGGACCUUUCUACCAGGGGAGCUCAUUGAAUCUAGCUGUGGAUCCCUCGAGUACUCAGCUCCCGAGAUUCUGCUAGGGGACUCCUAUGACCCACCCAAGAUCGAUGUGUGGAGUUUGGGAGUCAUCCUGUUCAUGAUGAUAACUGGCCGAUCACCGUUUGCGUGCGGGACUCCAAACGAAGUACUCACUCACAUCAUGGACGGAAAGUACAACUUACCUGCCAAAGUGUCAGACGCCUGUCGAUCUCUCAUAGCCACCAUGCUGGUGGUCGACCCAGCAAACAGAGCGUCUCUUGAGCAAGUGGCGGCUCACCCGUGGCUGAAAUCAGACAUCCCUCUCGUCCACACCCCCUACUUCCUCCCUCCCUUCUCCUCCCUCGAGGAGAUCCCAGACGACAUACUGCAGUUGGUUCUCACUCGACUUGAAUUGGGCGGCUACGGCAGCAAAGCCUCUAUCCUCAAUCGACUAAAGACCAAUGCAUACGGCAGUACAGCUGCAACGCUCUUUCUGCUCGCCGAGGCUGAGCGCCAUCGCCGCAUGGCACUCUCUCCUUUGACCCCAACCAGAGCUCGGAAAGUGUCAAUGCCGGUCAUAACACCUAUAGUCGGUCCCUUUCAAUCGCCAAGCAAGACAGCUGUAACGCCGUCGCCGAUGAAGUCAAUCGGCUCCGCUGAGACUGGGGUUCUCACUCGACGACGACCGCAGCCCGCGGCGGCAACUCCGAGGCACCACAACGACUCCACGGAAGCUUCGCCGACGAGAUGGUGCAACGACGAGAACGCGGGAGCGAUGAACCAGGCGAGCGGGUUCACUCCAGUGAGACAGACAGAUGAACAGCGGCAACAGGCCUUCAAGUGCUCGACACCCUACAGUCCAUAUUCCAGUCCCAGCCACGACCUCACCACCUACCUCAGCCCCAAAAUCGGUGGGAUCAACGGAGAGCACCAGCAGUGGAAGAGCCCAACGCCGUCUUUCCCACUCACGAUAAAACCAGAAGAGGUUCCGAUAGUCGGGACGGUAGAACCUCCCGGGGAUUCUCCACACCAUCUCUCUGCCGGUUACACCAGCGGGUUCCACCAGCAUAGACCCCUCGCUACCACUUUUGAGGAGGAGAGCGAAACUGACAGUCUCCCCGAUUUCAUGAAUCGCGGAGUCUCCAGUAGCCCGGUCCACUCCAACAGUCCCCGUUCUCACUCCCCGCAUUCGCGCAGCUCGAUUGCCGGCAGUCCCGUUCGCUCUCGCCGUCUUUUGAACUCACGGAGCUCCCCCAGCAUUGCGGCUGCGGCCAUGAGUAAGUCAGACGGAAGCGACGAAGAAGAAGACGACGACGACAUUGUCGAACUCAUGACCACCUCUGGACGAUUUCCAAAGAACAGCACGUUCCCGAGAAUGUCCCCGUCCAACUCGCCUCUGCUCACGAGCAGGAAAUCACCAACCCCGUGGACUGGAAGCUCCGAUGAAGAAGUCUCGGGUAUUUUCGAAGCCGCCCAGCACAGGAGGAUGAGGCACAAACGAAGCUCGUUCCGCCGGAGAAGCCUGCGAGCGAGGCCGUCGCGAGUCAACAGCGUCAGUUCAGACGACGGGUCAAACCCAACUAUCGAGAGACGGAAACUUGGUCGGGACAAACUCCUGCGUAUGCGCCACGUCCACAGUCUUCCAGACACGCCGGUCGAUGGCGGCGUCUCUGAGAGUCUCACGGAGCUGUUGGAGAGCAUAAGGAGGCAGCGCAGCAACUCACACAGGUCGGGGAGCAGCCUCAGUGACGGCGGACGGAGUGGGACGGGGGGCGAGAAGGAGCUCACGGAACUCGCAAACUCCCUGGUUUCAAAGUUUGAAAUCAGCGACGAAGAACUUGAGAAGAGUAGCGAUGUAGAGUCGACGGAGCAGAAGAAGCGGAAAACUGCCAAACACAAAGGCAGCAGUACCACCCUAAGGUCAGUGUUCUGUACCAUUUUAUGACGUUUAAAAACUUAAUAUCACUGGGUUAUUUUGUAUCAUCAUUUUGUGUUGCAAGUUUGCCGUCACUGACACUAUUAAUAUUUCAGCCAAGUAGAAUGUCAUAUUAUUAUGAUGGAGUGUACCAUUUACGCUGACCUUACUCUGUGUGAAUACUGGUUCAUGUGUGUGUGUAAUCAUGUCAGACAUCUUGCUAUCCACCGAGACGAUCAUUGUUUUAUAAACAGUGUAAAAAUUUACACUUACCCAUUUUAAAUUUUAUAUGCAACCGUCUUAUUUAUCAAGAGUGUUUCAAGGGCAUUAGUAGU